UGCUAAAGAGCUUUUGUUUGUUUCCCCUUCCCCGUCUUUUUUGUUUUUUUUUUCUUUCUCCGGAAACAGCAGUCAAACAACACACGCACGCGAAUUCUGCCCUCUCCGUUCGCCGGAAAACCAUGCCGGAGGAUUCGACGUCGAUCGAUUAUGUCAUGGAGAAGGCCUCGGGGCCUCACUUCUCCGGCCUCCGUCUUGACGGCUAUCUCUCUUCUCCGCCUUCCUCCUCCGUCUCCUCUCCGUCGCACCUCCGAUCGUCUGCUUCCUCUUCCUUCGCCUUAGCCGAUCCUACCGCGCCUAAGCAGCCUUUUGUCAUCGGAGUAUCUGGUGGUACGGCUUCUGGUAAGACCACGGUCUGCGACAUGAUAAUCCAGCAGCUUCAUGAUCACCGUGUGGUUCUUGUUAAUCAGGAUUCCUUUUACCGUGGCUUGACUCCUGAGGAAAUGCAGCGUGUCCAUGAAUACAAUUUUGAUCAUCCUGAUGCCUUUGACACCGAGCAGCUUUUGGAUUGUGUUGAGAAACUCAAGGGCGGGCAUCCGUAUCAAGUUCCUAUUUACGACUUCAAGACUCAUCAACGUAGAUCAGACACAUUUCGCCAGGUCAAUGCUUCUGAUGUUAUCAUUUUGGAGGGGAUACUUGUUUUCCAUGACCAACGAGUCCGGAACCUGAUGAAUAUGAAGAUCUUUGUUGACACAGAUGCUGAUGUGAGGCUUGCUCGCAGAAUUAGGCGUGACACUGUUGAGCGGGGUAGGGACGUGAGCUCCGUACUUGAGCAGUAUGCAAAGUUUGUCAAACCUGCUUUCGAUGAUUUUGUGCUCCCCUCGAAGAAAUAUGCGGAUGUGAUCAUUCCUCGAGGAGGUGAUAAUCAUGUAGCAAUUGAUCUGAUUGUGCAACACAUCCACACAAAACUCGGGCAACACGAUCUCUGCAAAAUUUACCCGAAUGUUUACGUUAUCCAAUCAACAUUUCAGAUAAGAGGCAUGCAUACACUUAUUCGGGACAAAGACAUAUCAAAGCAUGACUUUGUGUUUUAUUCAGACCGUCUCAUCCGUCUGGUCGUGGAGCAUGGUCUCGGGCAUUUGCCAUUCACAGAGAAACAAAUAGUUACUCCAACAGGGUCUGUGUAUACGGGUGUUGAUUUCUGCAAGAAACUAUGCGGGGUCUCAAUUGUUCGAAGUGGGGAAAGCAUGGAGAAUGCGUUGCGUGCAUGCUGCAAAGGAAUUAAAAUAGGGAAGAUUCUGAUCCACCGUGAUGGUGACAAUGGAAAGCAGCUUAUUUACGAGAAGCUUCCCCGUGACAUCUCGGAACGCCAUGUCCUGCUCUUGGAUCCUGUCCUGGCCACAGGGAACUCAGCAAAUCAGGCGAUAGAAUUGCUGAUACAGAAAGGGGUGCCGGAAUCCCACAUCAUAUUCCUCAACCUCAUUUCGGCGCCUGAGGGAAUCCACUGCGUGUGCAAGAGGUUCCCGGGGUUGAAGAUAGUGACGUCAGAAAUAGACACGUGCCUGAACGAGGAGUACCGUGUCAUACCAGGGUUGGGAGAGUUCGGCGAUCGCUAUUUCGGCACUGACGAGUAGUGACUAGAGGGACAGGGAAUCUCGUUCAUCAGCUUUGAUGAAAUGCGUGGCUUUAAGAUUCCCAUUUCCCACUCAGUCGCCUUCUCCUAAUCUUGGCAUUACUUCCAUUGUGAUCUUCUUUUCCUUAACUUCAAUUCUAAAAUGGUUGCACUAGUUAUUUAUUUUUAAAUUGUAAGAACACAUGAGGGAGAAUUUGAAUCUAUUAUGGUGUUUUACAAACGGAGACCA